CACUGCACCCGCCGGCAGACUCCGAGUUUCAUGAUCUACUGAGCGCUGAUCGAUGAUCCGAGUCGCAAUACUAGCUUAUCUUGAUCAUGAGUGUUCAAUUCAUCAAUAACCUGAAUUCUUCUACCAACCAGCCAAGUCAAGCUCACUCGCACGAGCUUGGUGGUGCGCCCCACGAUCAUGGCGAACAUGGUCAUACACACGAGCACCUAGAUCACCCAGGUAAAUUCUCUGAGCGGGACCUUCCCGACUACUCUUUACGAAACUUCCAAGAAAGGGGCUUUACGGUCGGAAUUGGGGGACCUGUUGGUUCCGGUAAAACAGCCUUGACCCUUGCGUUAUGCAGGAAGCUUCGUAGUAAAUAUAACAUCGCUACUGUGACGAAUGACAUCUUCACCCGCGAAGACCAAGAAUUCCUUAUCAAGAACAAGGCUCUCCCAACGCCGCGUAUUCUAGCUAUUGAGACCGGUGGCUGCCCUCACGCGGCGAUCCGCGAGGAUAUCAGUGCCAACAUGGGCGCUUUGGAGACACUUCAAGCGAAGUUUGGCUGCCAGCUCCUUUUCGUGGAAAGCGGAGGGGAUAACCUAGCUGCCAAUUAUUCCCGUGAAUUAGCGGACUACAUUAUAUACGUCAUAGACGUAGCGGGAGGAGACAAGAUUCCCCGUAAAGGCGGACCAGGCAUUUCGCAGUCUGACCUUUUGGUAAUUAACAAGGUCGACAUCGCGCAGUAUGUUGGCGCGUCUCUUGAUGUGAUGAGACGUGAUUCGAAACUCAUGCGCGGAGACGGUCCAACUAUUUUUACGAGCAUCAAGAACGACCAAGGCGUGGAUGACAUCGUAGAGCUUAUCUUAGCUGCUUGGCGAACAGCCGGUGAGCCCGGGACACAAGGUGCAGUGGGUGAUGAUGAGUGAGGAGGUAAUAAAAGAAUGCUUGAAAGAAUUGUAAGAUGAUGAUGAAUAAGGAAGUGAUAAGAGCUGUAAAGAAUCGUAAGCAACUUCCCUUGUACUAUGAGGCUGCGUUAAGUAUGAUACCUUUAUUUUGAACUUUAAAGUGCCAGGAUUGUAUUCCAGACUUGUGUGCGACUUUCGCGACUCAGUUACCUGACCCUCCUGAAAGAUACCCUAGAAAGGUUACUAGUAUGACUUGUCUCCGACUGCACGGAGCUGCUUGCCUGCACUGGUCGUAAAAUAUGAUACUACUUACGUCGAAGCUUUAAAUAAAGUGUAGCAAUAUUUGCUCACACACAUCUAUUUAUUUAUUUUGGAAGUUA